AUGGCCGUCCACAAGCUCCUAACCUCUGAGAUGAAUAUUAUAUCGUUAGUCAAAACGGAGAGUCGAUUGGUUUGUAUAUCCAUUUUCAUUGCUUUGGCUCAAUUCCAGUACGGCUAUGACUCUGCCGCUGUUUCUGGCUUCCAGAGCAUGCCGGGAUUCCUCAAGAUUUUCGGCUAUGUCGACCCUGGAACGGCUUUAGGUUACAAUAUCAGCACAUCCGUCCAGACCUUAGUACAGAGCCUGAUGCAAGUCGGAGGGCUCGUGUCAUGCCUUGUCAUCUUCAAAUACGGGGCCUAUAUCAGCAAUAAACGAGGCUUGUGGGCUGGAUCCGCCUUUUCUGUGCUUGCAAUCAUCCUACAGAUAAGUAGUACCCACCUUGGGGCACUCUAUGCAGGACGACUGUUUCUUGGUAUCUCCAACGGUUUUUACUUGACCUACUCGGCAACCUACCUCGGAGAGAUUGCACCAGCACAUCUACGUGGCUCUGCUGUGGGGUUAGUCACCUUUCAGACCUCUUUUGGGGCCCUGAUUGGGAUUCUGGUCGAUAACUACACAACGAGCUAUACAUCUCGUGUAUCAUAUCAGAUCCCGCUGGGCGUCAUGUUUGUGGUCCCGGCGCUGCUAUCGAUAGGAUUGUUCUUUUUACCAGAGAGCCCGCGACAUUAUGUACGUCUCGGUUUAGAUGAAAAAGCAGAAGAUUCGAUUCGCGCGCUGAGAGGGGUGCCCGACCGGGAUCAACUUACAGCUGAGGUGUCAAGCAUCAAAGAAGCAUGGAUCUUUGAAAGAGAAGCUAGCCAGUCUGUGCACCUGAUUGACGUGUUCAGAGGCCCCGAUCUCAAGCGCACAAUCCUUAGUAUUUGUGCUAGUGUUGGCCAGACGGCAAGCGGUAUAAUUUUCUUUUCCGGGUUCUCUGUCUACUUCUACGCCGAGGCUGGAGUCACCAACUAUUUUGUCUGGGUCAUGAUGAGCUUGGCAAUCGCUCUCACAGGAAACAUGGGCGCUUUUGUUGUCAUGAGAUUUGUCGAGCGACGAAUCCUUCUUGGAACAUGCUCAGCCAUUAAUGCGGUAGUUAUGUUCGUCAUCGCUGCAGUCUACACUAGACUGAGUGUUGAGUCAUACACGGCAGCACGCGUUUUGGUGGCGAUGGGGACCCUUUUCACCUGGAUUUAUGGCAUUGGACAGGGUCCUGUGCUAUGGGCCCUUACAGUGGAGCUUCCGUCGCAACGCCUAAGAUCAAAGACUGUUGGUCUUGCAACGGGCUUCAAUUAUAUUUUUGGCUGGGUUGCAACGUACUGCACCCCUUAUUUUAUCAACCCAGGAGCACUGAAUUGGGGUCCAAAAUAUUGCUAUAUAUGGGGUGCCAGUAAUGUGAUCCUGGCUCUUUGGGCCUUUACGAUGUUGCCAAACUUGAAGGGGAGGAGUUUGGAGGAAAUAUCUACCUCACUAGUGUCUCAUCCAGAGACAAAAGGCACGGAGACAGGAGUUGUCAUACAGCACUGCGAGGACGCUAGUUCUGAGUAA